AUGGCACUCUUCCGCAGCUCCUCCGGCUUAGACGCCAUACUCAGCCGUCCCGACGACACCUUGUGGGAGCGGUUGCGCUCGAACCCGCUGACGACGAUCGCUAGAUACCUGAACAACGCCUUUCCCGUUUCGUUCCCUACCAGAAGGCCCGAGAUGAAUACUGGCGACGGAGACGGCUCGGUGACGGUGGUCUGCAUCUCGGACACGCACAACUCCCAACCACGCCUUCCAUCUGGAGACAUUCUCAUCCACGCGGGCGACCUCACGGCGUCGGGCACGAAGGAUGAGUUGCAGCGUGCGCUGAACUGGAUCAAAGACAAGCCUCACAGAUACAAGAUUGUGGUCGCCGGGAACCACGAUCUAUGUCUCGAUGAGAACUUUCCGACCUCUCAGAAAGGAAGGGUCCCCCCAGAGGCCGAGGCCGAUCUAGACGAGGACAAGAAAGAGGUCGAAGGAAGAGGAGACGAACCUUUGGACUGGGGCGACAUUAUUUACCUCAACCACACCUCAGCCACCCUCAGACUCCCCAACCACCACCGUGAGAUCCGCAUCUACGGCAGCCCCUGUACCCCUCAACACGGCAACUGGGCAUUUCAGUACCCGCGCUCCCUCCAGCCGGACCCAUGGGCCGACACCGUGCCCCCGGCCACUGACAUCCUCGUCACCCACGCGCCGCCAAAGGGUCACAUGGACGACCCGCGCGGUAACUGGGGGUGCGAGUUCCUCUUGCGGGAAGUCUGGCGUACGCGGCCGCGGUUACAUGUCUUCGGCCAUGUCCACUGCGGACACGGGAGGGAGGCGGUUGCAUUUGAUGCCCUGCAGGAGGCGUAUGAGGAUGUUGUGCUGCGCGAGGCUGUUGCGAAGGAGAGUAGGGGGUUGAGGCCUUGGGUUGAAGGGUGGAUGGCACUGGGGAUGUGUUUUGCGGCUUGGGCUAGUGUGUGGUGGAACGGUGGGAGGAGGACAAAGGGAGAGACUGUUCUUGUGAACGCUGCCGUUGUAGGGGGCAUCAAGGACCGGUUAGUGAGGGAAGCUAUAGUUGUUAGGAUAUAG